GCGCAGUCUUGUAUCGCACGCUCGUUCCCGCGUCACUGUUCCUUGUUGCGGUUUUUGACAUUUAAUUACAGUGUUGCUACUAUACGGAUAUUUUUGUGCAUUAUAAUGAAUAUGAGGUGGAGUUUCCUCAUAGCGCUGCUGCUUCUAGGAGUAGCUUUCGCUUCUGAAGAAGAAGAUGAUGUACCUGACGCGGGAGUCGAAGAGGACGAUGAACUAGCUCUGGAUGAAGAGGAAACACGUAAUCUCAGACCGCGUGCUUAUACACAGGCUGCGUACUCCAAUACUCUUCCUAGUGGUUUCCGCCCCACGCCAUCUCUCGCUGAGCUGGCCGGCUAUCAGCGUCCUCAACAGGAACAACAACAACAGCAACAGGAAUACAUCGUCCCUACAAGACCUCAAGUUUACGUUGAAGAGCAGAGACAACAAGUUAGACAACCACAAAGAAGGCCUCAAGAACAUCGUCCAACAAAACAGCAGUUGAUUGAAGAAGAAGAGGAAGAAGAGAAGGAAGAGCCCGAUCGUCUUUCGCAACUGUUGCAGCAGUCCAAAUUCGAUUGUGUUAAUAAGAAUACCGGAUACUAUGCGGAUCAAGAGCUCAACUGUGAAGUCUUCCACUACUGCCAGGACAACGCCAAGCAUUCCUGGAUCUGUCCUGAUGGUUUCACAUUCCAUCAAGUUCAUUUAAUCUGUAUGCCGCCCACACACGACAGCAUUUGCCAGAAAUCCGCCAAGUACCACUUUGUCAACGAUUACCUGUACAGACCUAUUAAUGAGGAAGAAGUACAAAGGAAGCCCAACGUAUCACUCAAGUACUCCGACCGGUAUUAUCCCUCUGAGGUAUACAGGGAUGACCGUUUCGAACAAGACGAAGAUGAAGAGGAAGAGGAACCCCGUCGUGCUCCAGCUCCUCAGCAGCAGAGACCAGCAGCCAGACUUCAGUACCAGCCCCAAGUCUUCAGAUCAGCUGAAGAAGUUAACAUUCCUUUAGUUCAGAGGCGUCCUCAGCGUCCUUAUGAUUUCGACAAUUAAGUAUUUAAAUUAAUAUUUAAAUACUCGUUUGAGUACAGUAUUCUAACUUAGCUUUGUAAUUUGCGAAAUAAUUAUUGUCAUUAGUAAUGUACUCUUGUCAACCAUUUCUAUAAUCACAAUUUUAUUUCAAUUAAUUUCAAUAAAGUUAGAAUCCGAUAAUUCACCAUCAUUCAUUUAGAUGUAA